CCCUCCUCCCCCCCUCAGACACCAAAAACCCGCGGCUCCGCGUCUCCGCCGAAGCGGGAGGUGGGCAAGCGGGAGCGCCCGACUGCGCCGGCGUGAAAUUACACUCCCCCCUCUCUCUUCUCGCUCCUCCGAUUCCCCACUCGCGAUGGCCGCGCCUCGCCCCCCGCCGCUGGGGGUCCCUGGGGGCGGGACCGGUGGCAGCGGUGGCGCCGCCCCCGCCGCCGGGGCGCCCGCCGGGGUCAGCAUGCGGAUGUUCCACGGCGAGGUGUUCCUCGGCGAGAUGGAGGUGUUCCCGAUGAAGCAAGGGGGCGAUGGGGGCUUCCCGUUCCCGAGCAACGAGAUCCGCGUCAGCCACUUCUCGCCGGUGAGCGAGAGGUGCCCACCCCUCGCCAUCCUUCAGACCAUCGCGCCCUUCUCCGUGCGAUGCAAGCUGCAGUCCAAGCUGAUGCCGCCCAACCCGAGUCUCCACCGCCUGUACCUCACUUGUUUCAGCGAGUACAAGAGCGCGGUGGUGGUGGUUGGAGAUGAGGAGCUUCACCUAGUUGCAAUGCCGACCAAGUUGGAUAAGGGGCCGUGCUUCUGGUGCUGCUCAGCACGCUCUGGGCUCUAUGCAUCCUCAGUCGGGAUGCUCAACCUGCGCUGCCUUGCCAUUGUGUUUGAUCUUGAUGAGACCCUUAUUGUUGCUAAUACAAUGAAGUCCUUUGAGGAUCGGAUCGAGAUGCUUUCCCGCAGGAUGGAUGUUGAAGAUGAUCCAGUGAGAAUAGCAGGGAUGUCUGCAGAAAUCAAGCGGUACAUUGAGGACAAGGAGCUUCUUAAAGAAUUUAUUGACACAGAUACAGUUACGGACAAUGGCAAAAUAGUUGGAACCCGAAAGGAGGAGGUUCAACCAGUGUCUGGUGGUCAGGAGCGUGUUUUUCGUCCUGUUAUCAGACUGCCCGACAGGAAUGCUAUUCUGACUCGCAUCAAUCCGGAGAUUCGUGAUACCAGUGUUUUCGUAAAGCUAAGGCCUGCUUGGGAGGAUUUGAGAAGUUACCUAACUGCAAAGGGACGAAAAAGAUUUGAGGUUUAUGUAUGUACAAUGGCUGAGAGAGAUUAUGCUCUUGAGAUGUGGAGGCUUCUUGAUCCAGAAGGCAACUUGAUAAGUCCACAGCAGCUUUCAGAACGCGUAAAUUGUGUAAAGUCAGGUUCCAAAAAGUCUCUGCAGAAUGUUUUUCGAGACCGAGGAUGCCAUCCAAAGAUGGCCAUGGUAAUUGAUGACCGACUUAAUGUUUGGGAUGAUAAAGAUCAGCACAGGGUUCAUGUAGUCCCUGCAUACGCUCCAUACUAUGCCCCACAAGCUGAGAUGGCAAAUGCUGUUCCAGUUCUUUGUGUUGCAAGAAAUGUUGCUUGCAAUAUUCGUGGUGGAUUUUUCAGAGAGUUUGAUGAGAAUCUACUGAAGAAAGUGUUUGAACUACAUUAUGAAAAUGGGUUACUGGAUCUUCCAUAUGCUCCAGAUGUUGGCGACUACUUAGUCUGCGAGGAUACUAAUUUUGUACCAAACAAUAAAGAUCAAGCUCCUAUACCUGAGGGCAUGAGGGGAGCUGAAGUAGAGAAGAGAUUGAAUGGUCAGUCAUUUCGGGGGGAGCAAAGGGAAGGACAACAAAUAUCAUCCUUAACCCGUUCACCAGAUGAUGAGGGAAUGUCAAAUCGAGGCACUGGAGGAGGUAGGAAUAUCCAGCUGAACGGGGGUGCACUAGCAAUAGCUCCCUCGGUAUUUGUCACGGUGUUACAAGAAAUCGGGCGGCUAUGUGACUCCAAGGUGGAAUUCAGAUCUACUGUAAGCAAUGUCAAAAGUAUGCAAUUUUCUGUAGAGGUUCUGUUUAGUAAUGAAAAAAUCGGAAUAGGCACUGGAAAAACAAGAGAUGAAGCCCAAGUUCAAGCAGCUGAAAAAGCCCUCCAAAAUUUGGAGAGCAGUUAUUUGUCAUUCGUUGCUCCUAUUGCUGGAGUUCCUAACAAAGAUUCAAGGAAGUCCCCUGGGAGUGGAAAUGGCUUUCUGGAGGAUGUUACUUCUUCAGACAUUGAUAUUUCUAUGCAAGAACCUUCUGGAAGUACAUUGAAACAGGAUCAUUCAAAAAAUUUGGAUAAGUUGUCAUCUGUCAUGAGUCUUAUUAGAGAAUAUUGCUUGGAGGACCAACAUGUAGUAUUUCGAGAUCAAGUCCGGAAUUCUAGCCCAGCCAGAAAUGAAGAAUAUCAUUUUCAGGUUGAACUAGCUGGACAGGUUCUUGGGAGGGGCAUUGGUUCGGACAGAGAUGUUGCGAAGCUUCUGGCUGCGGAAGAGGCAUUGAGGACAUUGAAAUCAACUACUGACCCACAAAUUAAGAAGUACCUGAGACCUGUAAGAUGUAAUGGCUGAUCCCCCUCCCCCCUCUGAGCUCUGCAACCACAUGAGCUCAAUAUUCAAAAAGGUCGGAAUGCGAGGGCAGCUGCUCAUUUCACCAUUCCAGCUGUUGAUUUAACAGAAGUGUGUUACCCUUUCUGUGAGUAUGGUUCUCACCCCAAACUCAUGAUAUGUGCCAAACUUCAAGCACACAUGAGUUCUGGAAAGGCCGGCUUUGAAGGAGGUAUAACAUAGAGGGCGGACAUGGUUGUUUUAUAGAUUCUUUUGACCAUCUUCAUCAAAGAAUCUUCCCAUGUACAAGUUAUUCACAUACAACUAUAGAUGUUCUAUCUGGUUUAGGAUAGUGGCAUAGUUGGCUGUAAACAAGUAGGAAUGUAGAUGUCGUGGAUCUAAAUUGUUUCCUUGAAGGAUGUGCUGGCCCAUUAACAGUUAUGGAUCAUCAAAUGGAAUGCUUGUUCCGGUUGUUCCUGUUUAUGUA